AAUCUAAGCCGCCUGUGACAUCAAGAUCAAGCGCAGUAAACACACCGGCCUGGCGCUGUAGAUCUUCGUACAUUUUCUUGACCGCCUCCCACCAUGGCGUCCUCAGUCCAGCGCGGCGCCCUCCUCAUCGGCCAGUGUAUAGCCCACAAGACUCCCAACGCCGCCAAAGUGAGGGUGAAGCGGCUAAAGUUCGACGAUAAUCUCAACAUGUAUUUUCGAAAGCACACAAAUUAUUUUGCACAUGACCCAGAAGGAGUGUGUAAGACUGGUGACAUUGUGUUGAUCAAGGAGAUGCCAGAGAAAGUUACUGUAUUAAUUACUCACUCAUUGGUCAAAAAGGUUUACGCGUUUGGAGAUAUAACGGAUCCCAUCACUGGCAAGAAGGUUGUAGUUGGGCAGUAUAGGGACCACGUGGAGCAACGGAAUGAAAUGUUUGGUGUGGCGGAGGACGGGAGUGGUGGCUUCAAGUACGCAGAAGCACCAGACAGAGGUUGGCAGGAAGGCAAAACAGACUUCACACACAAGGUUGGCUACCAGAAGUGGCACGAGUUUGAGCCAGGCCACCCACUACAUAAUGAUCCUGCUGCAAGUUAGGUGGUGCUCUUUUUAUUAUAAAGAAAUGUAAUUUGUAUAGUAAAUUUAGCAAUAAUU